GGGGUAAGGGGUGUCUCUAUUUCGGACUUGUAUUUCUACACUCUUCUCUCGGUCUGUUUCCCCACAGUGUGUGUGCAUUCGUGAGUCUCUGGCCUCGGAGCAUCGGCCGUUAGCCAACUGGAUCUGUUAGCCACGACGUUGACUUUUUCUUGAGGUUGUGUGUUCUUCACCACACGCACAAACAUUUACAAACAGAGCUCAAGAACACUGCUGAUCACAACUGGCUGUCACCGGUACAACCCACACCCACGAAGCGCACACACUCACGCACGUCUCACCCGCCUGGGCAUCCUUCCACCCCCUCCAGUCCGGCCAUGGCUUUGUCUUCACGUUUAAAACUGUGGGAGCAGAAGAUAAAAGAGGAGAACAAACCCGUGCCCACAGCUGUGCCUCCUCCACCGCCGCUCUCGGCUCUUCCAGGGGGCUUCCUCAAACAGCUGGUCCGAGAAUCAGAAAAGGAAACCAAACAGAAGGAGCCGGAGGUCAAAGAAGACAAAGCUCCGAGCAAACUGAGCGACAUCCUGGUGCAGCAGUUCCUCAACCCUGACCAGACUCCUCCCAUCCUGGAAGCUGAGAUGGCCCUCCGAGCCGAGCAGCUGAACAGCAACAGUGAGCACGUGUGCAACUCUGAGCCGCCAGGAAACAGGUCCUCGACCCAGAGGUACAUCCUCACUCCUGAAUCUGAAGGCAACCAGCAGGCCAAACAGGAAGUGAAGCUUCUAAAACCUCAGCAUCAGCACAUGGGGUCAGAAAAGAAGAGCCAGAAGUUAGCACAGGCUGACCAGAGCAGGAGGAGAGAGGAGGAGAAGAUGGAGGAGAGGCAGGAGCCAGAGGGCAGGCAAGCAGACUCGGUUGUGACGGAGCGUAAGAAAGAGGUGAAGGACGUGUGGUAUGAAGCUGGAACCGUGUGGUUAGUCCAAAAAGAUGGCUUUGCCCUUGCCACUCAGCUGAAACCAGACGAAGGAACGCCAGAACUGCCAGAGGGCCGAGUUAGGGUCCGUCUGCAAACUGAUGGCUCACUACAUGAUGUUACAGAAAAUGAAAUUGAGAAGUGUAACCCAUCAGAGCUGGACCUGUGCGAUGACCUGAGCGACCUCCAUAGUGUGAACGAAUGUGGAGUUCUCCACACGCUGACCAGUCGAGCUCGGGCUAACCUGCCACUGACGGACGCUGGGCCAAACCUGGUCAACUUAUGGCCCCCGCUGCAGACCCACAGCAAGACUCCAAAGUCUCGGCGAGGAGAGUCAGUGUGGGAGGCGCCCCCUGCCAUGGCGGCCUUAGUCAAACGGGUGUACGUGUCCCUGGUGGGCACCCGCAGAGAUCACAGCGUGUGCGCUGUAGGACGCAGCGGGACAGGCAAGACAACGGCGUGCCAAACAUUCACACACGCCCUCCUCAAACAGGCUGGAACAUCAGGAGAGAACGUCAGCGUGGAGCGUGUGCAGGCCAUGUUCACGAUCCUCAGGGCGUUUGGUUGUGUCAGCUCCCAGCACAGUGACGCUUCAUCUCGCUUCGCCAUGGUCUUCUCGCUGGACUUUAACCACGCUGGACAGGCCUCAGCUGGACACCUGCAGACCAUGAUGCUGGACAAGUGGAGAGUGUGUCAGAAAACCCCAGGAGAGGGCAACUUCCUGGUCUUCUCUCAGAUGCUGGCGGGACUCAGUGCGGAGAUGAGGACAGAACUGCAGCUGCACCAGCUGCUGGAGGCCAACUCCUUUGGCAUUGUAAAUCCAAAUAAGAUGGAGGAGAAACAGCGAGCGUCUGUGGCCUUCUCCAAGCUGCUGACUGCCAUGGAAACGUUGGGGUUUUCAGCCAGUGAGCAGAAAGCCAUAUGGCACGUUCUGGCUGCUAUUUAUCAUCUGGGAGCUGCUGGUGCGCUGUGAGUGGGCAGGAGGCAGUUUUUGAAUUUCGACAGCGCUCAGACGGCCAGCAGCGUCCUGGGCUGUGAAGGAGACGAGCUGCACACUGCUGUGUUCAAACAUCACCUGCAGCAGCUGCUGCAGAGAGCCAUCGGGGGCAGCAGAGAGAGGACCACAGUUAAGGAGGAGGGUCCCAGACUGACAGCCGUUCAGUGUGUUGAAGGAAUGGCUGCAGGACUCUAUGAAGAACUCUUCACUGCCAUUGUUUCAUUCAUCAACAGGGCUCUGGGUGGAAAGCAGCUGGCCCUGGCCUCUGUGAUGGUGGUGGACACACCAGGCCUGAGGAACCCCCGACAUUCUGCAGCAGAACAGGCGGCCGGCUGGUCGGAGUUUUGCCACAACUACCUGCAAGAGAGGCUGCUGGAGCAUCACCACACACACACCUUCACACACACGCUGGAAAGAUACGCCAAGGAGAACGUCCCAGUAGAGUUUGAAUGUCCAGAGACCAGUCCUGCUGAGGUGGUGUCCGCCAUUGAUCAAGCCCCUCCCCAGGUGAGGGCGGCAGAUGGAGACUGCAGAGGUCUACUGUGGGUUCUAGAUGAGGAGAUGAUGACACCUGCCUCCAGUGAAAGCAGAGCCUUGGAGAGAGUGUGCCAAUAUUACAGCAACACGGUGCGUCAGUGUGAGCAGCCACUACACUGUGAGGUCAACCACCUGAUGGGCGGUGACCCUGUCCGCUAUGACCUCACUGGAUGGUUUGGUUUGAUCCAGAACAAUCCAUCUGCUCUGAACGCCAACUGUCUGCUGCAAAACUCCAAAAUAGGGGAGGUAAAGGCCAUGUUCACCCCUCGUAUCUCUGUGCCUCCCCUGUGUCAGGGGCUGGGGGGGUUGGAAGGCAGCAGCCAGCGUUCUCUGCGGAGGAAUGGCACCAUUAGGAAGACAUUCAGCGGAGGAAUGGCCGCCGUGCGCAGGCACUCCCAGUCGAUUGCAGUGAAACUGCAGGCAGAUGCUCUGGUCAACCUGAUUCGUAGAGCUGAGCCUGUGUUCCUGCAGUGUGUGAGUGCAAAGGUCGAGAGUGGCAGUUUGGACGUCCCCACCCUGAGAGUUCAGCUGCAGUCCACACACAUCUUACAGGCCCUGCAGCUCUACCGUACAGGGUUUCCGGAUCACAUGACUCUGAGCGACUUCAGGUGUCAUUUCCAAGCACUGUCUCCUCCAAUUAUGAAACGUUAUGCUUCAAUGUUUGUCAGCCAUGAUGAGAGGAAGGCCGUAGAGGAGUUGCUGCUGGAGUUGGACCUGGAUAAAAAGAGCAUAGUCCUGGGUGGCAGCAGGGUGUUUAUGAAAAGAGGUGUGCUGCGCUACCUGGAAGAACAGAGGGACCAGCUGGUCACUGGUUGGUUGGUGUUUCUGCAGGCCUCCUGCAAGGGACACGUGGCGCGUCAGAAAUACCGCAAACUCAAGGUGCAGCAGAUGGCAGUCAGCUGUCUGCAGAGAAACCUGAGGGCUCUGAGGGCUGUGUCCACGUGGAGCUGGUGGAAACUUUUCUGUCUCCUUCGUCCUCUGCUCAAUGUCAACAUGGACAACGAGAGGCUAAAGAUGAAGGAGGACGAAGUGUCGGCUCUGAGACGUCGCCUGGAGAAAUCAGAGAAGGAGAGGAAUGAGCUGAGGCAGACUGCAGACAGCCUGGAGACCAAGGUCACCGCUGUCACAUCUGAGUUGAGUGACGAGCGUUUCCGUGGUGAUGCUGUCGGACAGGCUCUGGACGUGGAGAGGGCAGAGAGACUGAGACUAAGUCGUGAAAACAAAGACCUGCAGGCUCGUUUUGACCAGUGUAAAGUGUCCAUGGAAACAAUGGAGAAGCAGCUGGAGGAGGAGAAGCAGAGGGCAGAGAAGGCUGAGAGUCAGAGGGCAGUGGGGUCAGAGAGCGACCUGGCGAUGCAGCUGGAGUGUUGCCAGACAGAGGUCGAGUUUGUCCGCAAACGUCUGAAGCAGAUGGAGGAGAAACUGGAGACGGAGAGGAAGACGAGGCAACAGCUGGAUACACAGGUGGCAGCGCUGCAGGCCCAGCUGGAACAGUCCAGGAGGAGUGUGGUUGAUCUGAAGCGGCACCGUCGCCGGGUGACCUCUGACCUCCAAGACGCUCGUGUCCUCACAGACAGCCUGCAGAGCCGAAUCCACGACCUAGAGCGCAAACGGAGGAGGUUUGACAAUGAGUUGACUCAGGCUCUGGAGGAGGCUCAUAAUGAGCGGGAACAGAAAGAAAAAGUCUUUCAGGAAAACACAUCUCUUGGUUCUGAAAUAUCCACUCUGCGUCGCAACCUUCAGGAGAGCCAGGCGGAGGUUUGUCGUCUGCAGAAGCAAAAGGAGGAGCUGUGUGCUCAGAUACGGGACCUCAGUCUGCCCGUGGACUUGGCAUCAGAUUCUCUCCCUGAUCUUAAGAAACAGCUGCGACUCUUGGAGGGCCAGGCCAGCGAGAGGGCGGAGGAAGUUACCCAGCUUUCUGCCAGGAUCCAACAGCAGCAGCAGAUUCACAUGAGGUUUGAGAUGGAGAUGGAGAGGAUGAAGCAGAUUCACCAGAAGGAGCUGGAGGAUAAAGAGGAGGAGUUGGAGGAUGUGCACAAGUCGUCCCAGAGACGGCUGAAGCAGUUGGAGAUGCAGCUAGAGCAGGAGUAUGAAGAGAAACAGAUGGUAAUUCAUGAGAAGCACGACUUAGAGGGACUCAUCGCCACUCUGUGUGACCAGGUCGGACACAGAGACUUCGAUGUGGAGAAGAAACUGAGGAGGGAUCUGAAGAGGACCCAUGCCCUGUUGGCUGAUGCCCAGCUGCUCCUGGCCACCGUGGACAGUGCAGGGCAGAGUGUUCCCAACGGCAGCAAGGAGCAGAUCGAGCGCCUCCACUGUCAGCUGGAAGAGAGUGAAGCCCGGCGUCUUGAGGCUGAGAGCGUUCAGACAACCCUCUCUCAGGAGCUGGAGAGUAUUCAGACUGAGCUGGAAAACAUCUACAAGCAGAAGAGUGUGGUGGACGAGCAGCUGGCCUUGCUUCAGCACGAGAAGACGGACCUGCUGAAGAGGCUGGAGGAAGACCAGGACGACCUCAAUGACCUCAUGGAGAAGCACAAAGCUCUGAUUGCUCAGUCGUCCAAUGACAUCUCUCAAAUCAGAGAGCUCCAGGCUGAACUGGAGGAGAUCAGGAGGCAGAGGCAGUCUCUCCAGGAGGAGCUUCAAAAGUCGGUGUCAAAAGUGCAGUUCCUGGAGUCAUCCACUGUGGGGCGUAGCAUUGUUAGUAAGCAGGAGGCUCGUGUAUGUGACCUGGAAAACAAGCUGGAGUUUCAACGAGGCCAGGUCAAGAGGUUUGAGGUGCUGGUGCUGCGUUUAAGGGACAGCGUGGUUCGUCUGGGAGAAGAACUGGAGCAGAGUGCCCAGGCUGAGGCUCGGGAGAGAGAGAAUGCUUGCUAUUACCAGCAGCGCCUGCAGGACAUGAGGAUAGAGAUGGAGGAGCUGACCCACAGAGAGGAGGAGAGCAGCCGCAAACGAUUGGAGUUGGAAAUGCGGGUGGAGGAGCUGACUGCCGUCAGACAGACGCUGCAGGCUGACCUUGAGACGUCCAUCCGCCGCAUAGUGGAUCUGCAGGCAGCUUUGGAAGAAGUGGAGUCGAGCGAUGAGAGUGACACAGAAAGCGUUCAGACUGCUGUGGAGUCCCUCACUCGAAAGAAAGAUCUGGACUCUGUGUCCACUGCUGGGUCCAGUGGGACAGAGGAUGCUGGACAGGGCAUACGUCACUGGUUAGGUGUACCACGAGGAGGUCACCGCGGCGGUGGCUCACCCUACAGCAGCCGCCAUUCUCUAGCUGAUACCAUGAGCACCUACAGCUUCAGAUCUUGUGUGGAUCCUGAUGAUGAAGGCUCUGAGGCCGGCAAUACCAGAGGUCUCGACCGGGCCCCGUCCUCCUCUGCCCUGUCCGAACUGCUGGACGGACUCCGAAAACGCAGAGCUGGUGGCGACAAAGGAGAUGAAAAUGGAAGCACUGUCUCUCUGCCAAUAUACCAGACAACCGGAGCCUCAACUCUGAGGCGACGAUCGUCCGCCCUCUCUCUGGGUCCAGAUGAACUCCAGGAGCCAAAACCUGGACCCAGCAUUCUCAAACCGUCUUCUCCAAACCUGCCCCGUGCUGCCAGCUCUCGCUCCAUCAUGGACUCUCAGCCGACCGCCGCUGCCAAACUGUCACGCUUCAACUCAAGUGAUUCUCUGUCCUCCCUUCCCUCUCUGCCCAGGCUUUCCUCCCUGGCUUCACCCCAAGCUUCUCGCCAUCACCCGCCCUCCCUGUCCAUUCCUGAGGAGGACCCAGACGAGCCCCACUUCUCACUGGAUAAUCCCAUCCAACGCUCGCCACAGCCGCCAAGGCGACGCCUGCCGGGGAUGCUUGUUACAGAAGACGGAGGUGAAGGCACUCUUGGUUCAGAAAGUAUGGUCUUCCAAAAUCGUAGACUGACCGCGGACAACGGCUAUGACGACUCGGCAUCCGACAUCUUGCCCGCCAUUCGCAGAGCUCAGUCCACCAGCAGCCUAGCUAGCUCAGUCAGAGGAGGCAGGAGGGCACUGAGCGUCCACUUCGGAGAGCUGCCGACCACACGCAGCAAGAGGAGCUCUGAGACGGAGUCGUCCAGUUCAGGCGGCUCAGGAGGAAGUUCCCAGAGCGGUGGGUCGAGGCUAAGGUUUCAGAGGCCGCAGGGAGAGAGACUGGAGGCAGAGGGCAGUGAGGGAGGCGACGUGGCCUCAGUCAUGAAGAAAUACCUGAAGAAGGACAUCAACUAACCCAGUCUGUCUUUUCGUGUGCAGUCAACACUGACGGAGGAGAACAGGAGCUGCUGCAGCCGAGGCUGAAGGAAAUCCUUCGACGUAACAUUUAAUGUUUCUCCUCACGACUUCCUGUCGUGGUUAAAAGCAACUGAAAAUAUACUGUCUAAUCCCAUGAUGCAAUCAACUGUAUUUCCACUUAAGCACUGUUUGAAUAAGAAUUUAAAAAAUAAUAAAUAAAUGUCUUACUUUCUGCCCAA